CAGAUGGAUGUGCAUAAAUGCCUUCCUUCAUGGUGAUCUUGAAGAAGAGGUUUAUAUGAAAUUGCCUCCUGGCUUUGUCUCCUCUAAACCGAAUCAAGUGUGUAAGUUGAAUAAGGCUCUUUAUGGUCUUAAGCAGGCUCCUAGGUGCUGGUUCUCCAAAUUAACUAAAGCUUUACUUGAGUUUGGCUUCAAACAGAACCGUCUGGAUUACUCUCUAUUUACACUUCACAGAAAUAAUACUACUCUGUUUGUGUUAGUGUACGUUGAUGAUCUAAUUAUUGGUGGUGAUAACUCAGCGCUCAUCUCGGAGUUCAAAGAGCAUUUACAUCGCUCUUUUCAUAUGAAAGACUUGGGAGAGCUUCGCUAUUUUUUGGGUAUUGAAGUUCUACGAAGCAAAGAGGGUAUCUAUUUGUCACAGCGUAAAUAUGCGCUUGACAUUGUAUCAGAGUGUGGACUUCUUGGCUCUAAACCGGUGGACACACCAAUGGAGCAGUAUCAUAAUCUGGGACGUGAUAAUGGACCGUUUUACACAGAACUGGCACAGUAUCGAAGACUUGUUGGGAGGCUAGUUUACCUUGCUAUCACACGACCGGAGCUGAAUUAUCCAGUGCAUAUACUGGCUCAGUUUCUUCACAAGCCACGUCAAAAACACUGGGAUGCAGCGGUCCGUUUGGUACGAUACUUAAAGGGACUUCCAGGUCAAGGAAUAUUAUUAAGUGCUACUAGUGAUCUUGCGUUGUCUGCAUUUAGUGACUCGGACUGGGCUGCUUGCCCACUUACUCGUCGGUCGCUUACUGGUUAUAUUGUCAUGAUGGGCAAUUCUCUGGUUUCAUGGAAGACAAAGAAGCAACCAACAGUCUCAAGGUCCUCAGCAGAAGCUGAAUACAGAGCUAUGGCAAUGACAUGCAGUGAACUGAAAUGGAUGAUUGGUGUUAUGGACUCUUUGGGGAUAAGACAACUGUUUCCGAUACCUUUUCAUUGUGAUAGUAAGGCAGCUAUUCAUAGGCCUGUGAAUUUAAAUCAAAGCCCGCGUGGCCCGCCCCAUUUGACCCGCCGCGGGGUGGUGCAGGUCGAGCGUUUUGAAAAAAUCAAGUCGCGGGUGCGGGUGCGGGUUAAGACUAUUUUUUGCAGGGAGGGUGCGGGUUGGUGGAUUUUGAUUUGCGGAUACCCGCCAACCCGCAAAAUAAAAUAAAAAAUAAAAAAAAAUCUUUUUUUUUUUGAAAAAUUUGAUUUUUUUUAGAAAAAUAAUUUUUUUUUUUUAAAUAAUUAAAUUUUUAAAAAAUAAUAUAAAAAAUUACUUAUAAAUAUAUUAUUUUAUAAAAAACUAAUUAAAUAAUUAUUUUUUUAAUUAAAAAUAUAACCCGCGGGUCCCGCGGGUUACCCGCAAAAUAAAGCGGGGCGGGUGCGGGUAUUAGUUUAUUUCUUUGCGGGUUGAGCGGGUCGAAAUUUUAACUAAAAAAAAAGAAACGAUCUGCGGGUUGGCGGGUCGUGCGGGGCGGGUUGACCCGCGAACCCAGACCUACAUAUAGCAAUGAAUCCGGUGUUCCAUGAGCGUACUAAGCAUGUUGAGGUGGAUUGUCAUUUUGUUCGUGACUACAUUAUAGCUGGAAUCAUCGCUGCACAACAUAUUGGUACUAUGGAAGAGUUAGCUGACAUACUGACAAAAUCACUUGGGUGUCAGCAACUACAUUACUUGCUGGACAAGAUGGGCGUUCAAGAUCUUCACUCUCCAUCUUGAGGGGGAGUAUUAGAUAAAAUGAAUUUAUAUCUUAGAUAAACAUAACAAUAUGAGGUUUCAUAGUUAUCUCCUAUCUUUACGGAUCAUACCGUAUGCAUAAAUAUCGAUGUUGUAACCUUGAGAUCAAUAACAGAAACAGAGUUGAUAUUAGCUUGUUAUUAUCCAACGCACAUGAUUUAAUAGCAGCAUUGUAUCGUUUGGCUUCCAUUGCCUGUCUAUAUGCUCAAUUCAUUCCCUCGAGGGACUUAUGCUAAAGACAUGGAUAAAAAUCACCGACCUCUUCUAACCACGCGUGUUAUACUCCUUAACGAUAGUCUUGAUGGCCUCACGGGAGUUGUGACUUGUAUCUUAUAAGUAUAACAACAUAUGAUAAUCUGAUCAAAUACUUUUGACGAAUUGAUAUAAUACACUUGGCUACUUUAAUAUAUGAACUAAUGCAGAGAGGGUUCUGUUUGUUUCUGUUUUUACGUUUGACCCCACCUAAAUUUCGUUACAUUUCUCCACCCCAUGGUAUUUUUGGAUUUUACAUGUUCACCCCAAUAAACAAAAUGUUUAUGGUUCCCACUUUGACUUGGAUUGGAUUUGCUGUUUAAAAUCUUGUUGUAUACCAGUUCCUAAAUUAUAAUUUUCGGGGUCAAAAACUUAUUUUUUCUGGAAUUAUAUAUAAAUGACUAAAAUUGAUAUAAUUAAUUAAUUAUAUUAAAAUAGAAGCAAUCUGAAAUAGGUUCUAAAAUAUAAAAUUAAUAAAUGGAAUAUUUUGUAAAUAACUAAAUACUUAAUAAAUUUGAAUGGAAUAAAAAGAAAAAGGCACAAAAAAAUAAAGAGCGAGGACUAGAAAAUAAAUAAAAUAUAUUUUAACAUAUUGUAAAUAUGUUCAAUAUAAUUGUUCCAUAAAAAAAUCUUUACUUGAUAACCCUUGAUAUAUCAUUUAGUGAUUCUUGAUUUAUAUUAAAAGUGAAACUUGAGUUGUAUAUAUGAGCUCGUAGGAUAUCUUUUCACGUGACCUUUUAACAAAAAUCAAUUUUAAAUUGCCGUCUAAGGCUUCAAGCCAAAUGUGUGCUCUUAUUAUGUGUAAAUAUGUUCAAUAUAAUUGUUCCAUAAAAAAAUCUUUACUUGAUAACCCUUGAUAUAUCAUUUAGUGAUUCUUGAUUUAUAUUAAAAGUGAAACUUGAGUUGUAUAUAUGAGCUCGUAGGAUAUCUUUUCACGUGACCUUUUAACAAAAAUCAAUUUUAAAUUGCCGUCUAAGGCUUCAAGCCAAAUGUGUGCUCUUAUUAUGUCCAAAAGUUUGGUGCGAAUCAAGCAACUGCAAGAAGCAAAAAUUAUAUUAAUUAUAUUUUUUUAUGAUACAUGUAAUUUCUCUUAUAUUUUUAAUAGCUAAUAUAUAAUUAUAUUAAAAUCAAAUUUAUUAAUUCGUGGUUCAUCCACGAUCGGUCCAAUAAUCUAGUUACAAGGUAAAUUUUGACUCAGUGUCCGAAUUGAGUUUAGAAACAUUGGUUUCAGGUCAUAGGUCAGUGAGGGGCAAGCAUUUGGAAAUAUGCAAUAGCUGCAAACUAUAUUGAAUAUAAUCAGACACAAUCAUUAAGAUAUCACGAAGGGACAAGAAUCAAACUAUUAUUUCCAAACACCAGUUUAAGUGUGGCUACAACUACUAUAGUACUUUUGUGCAAGUAGUCAAAAUAAAUCUGUUACAUUUUGUUUAUUUACAAAAUUUGUUUCAUUCAAAAUAAAUCACCUUUCGCUAUAUAUAUAUUAAUAGUUCUUACAAAUAUACAAUGGGUAGCACAAUAUUAAAUCAUCAUAUAUUUCUAGUAUAUGGGUUAGUUAGAAAAGUGUGUUAUUCCUAGCAAUUUUAUUAUAUUUAGUUGAAGUUAAAAUAAAGUUUAUUUUGAGUGGCUCUAAUUUAGUUCAUGAACUAUCUCGGGCUUAUUCUCCCUAGUUGGAGGCCCCAUUAGAUUAACAAUUAUUUGUUCAAAAAAAAAUAACAAUUAACAAAAUGUUAUAGUAAUGGGAAUGCGAGCAAGAAAAGAGAAGAAACAAUAAUGGAGACAAAGAGAACCUCAUCUCAGAAGGACGUAGAACAAGCUGAUUAAGUAGUUACAAACACAACAAAGACAUCUUCGGUAGUUUUUCUUUUUCUUUUCUGAGUUCAUUUAUUUCUUGAACAAUAAUCACUUCGUUCUCCCUGAAGGUGUUGAAAGAUUACUACAGUGUGGAGAGUUCCCCAUUAUUUUGUUGUUUUUAUUGGUGGUGAUUAUAGAUUUUUGAUUUGGUUGAAUGUAAAAAGCAAAAUGAUGAAUUUAAAAAAUGUCAGACAUUUUUGCAUAUUUAUCUCUUUAGG